GAUUUACCCAUCCGUCUGUCACUGCCAUCAAAGUUUAAAACUAUCCGCUCGUCCACUUCUUUCUGUUCUUCUAUCCUUCACUUUCUCUCCGCAAAAUCGUUUGUAUUUGCUCUGCUCUGCCUUCCUUCGCCUUCUCUUUGCCCAAACUCCUUCGUAGUUCACUGUCUACGAAGCUAAAGGUAUUUUUUGGAAGGUGUACCGGCUUCAGACGGGCAUCUACAACGCCAGCAGCAACGUGGAAUUCCGAAACAACUGAGCUGUGACUACAGCCACAUCAUGAGGCUUGGUUGACGCCAUGGAUGAGCCUAUGCAAGAUGUCUGUGCAGAUCCCAUCAAAAAUGGUGCUGAGGAAACCCAGUAUGUUUCUGUCGAGAUUGACACCCAGGCGACCGAUGGAUACGAUGACGCUUUGCUUGACAAGGACUCAUUCAAGCAAAUCUCAAACGUAGAGCCAAAAGCCCUUCCAGUGCCCAAUCCAGAACCUCGAUAUGCAGUGCCACUAGAUCAAGAUGAGCCUGUUAUGGACUUCAAAUUCGCAAAGCCGGCUCAUACAACACCCAUCUUCAGGCCCACCAGACCCAGUGCCAAUGCCACCAGAGUUCCUUCACGCAGAGGCCCAACCUCCUCGUCCGAAAUAUGUAGCGGUACCCAGGAACCUCAUCAGGUAAGUACGACAAAUGGGCCACGUACAAUUAGUGAAGCCAAGGUGUUCGUAGAAGCUACUAUGAAAAACAACGAGGCUGAACCGGCGAUGGAAUUUGAGGCAAGCCAACGCCCUGCUCUCAAGCAAAAGGACUCAAAUGCCCAACUUUCAACAAAUAUACCUACGGCACAACAGAAGCGAGGGGUUAGCUUUGCUGGAGGUUCAAUUGAUACUGAUCGGCAACCCAUUCAGUAUCUGAGACCACAGCAGACUCGACCGUUCACAUCUAUGUCUCUCCCGUUCCCAGACGUACAGUCUCAGACCAAGAAGAUAUAUAGGUCAGCAUUACGCAGAACAACCCCGCCACAACAAUGUGCACCUUCCCCAGGACAUGGAUCUCCCUUUGGUCCUAAUUUCGAGAACCGAGCACAGUCGCCGGCUGCCACCGGCGAUACUGACUAUGAGCAACUGAGUUCGCACACACCAUCCAAAUAUAUUGCCAACGAAACGUGCAGGGCUAGCAUUUGUUACACAGAUAAUGAUCGGAUUGGAAAGUUGUCUCGUGCAAAUAUGCCUUUCCCUGAGACUACGUAUUCAGCGAACCAACAUUCAGACGGCAAUAGCCAAAGAAUGCACGAAAGCAGCAGGCCAACAGUAGCUAAUAAAUUGGGACGCAAAAGAGAUCUAGAGAUCAGCAGUCCUUGUGUCAACCUACAAAGCAAAGCCCAGGUCAGCCCUGAAUUAUCUCCAGAAGGGCAUAAUCUGAAGGAAUCGGCCGAUGGUCGUGGGCUCACAACACAACAGCGAGAAGUUACAACCUACUCUGGACAGGCCAGCAAUCUAUCCAACGAACUACUCCAGGGCAUAGAGGCUCACGUGGAAAAAGAGAAACAAAAAUUAUUUGAGCAGAUGCAAGAAAAAGAUGCAAAAAUCAAUGAAGUCUCCAAAAAGAACGAGGAUUACGAGGAAACCAUCAAUGAGCUUAGAAGAACCAAUGCAUCUCUAUCUGAAAGGUUUGCAACGAUGAGAGAGAAAGCAGAUGCGCUAGAUGAUAGUCUAAACUCGCAACUUGAGGAGCACAAAUCACUUGGAGAUUUUGUGACAAAGCAUAAAUCACAAGCUGUAGAAUACAGGCACGAGGCAGAAAACAUGAGAAUGUCACUCAAUGAGGCAAAGAGCAACCUUCAGAGCCUUCAACUCUACCAGCAAAAUUCCAAAGCUAGGUUAGAAGAAACCAGAGUGCUAGCCAUAAGCCAAAUGGAAAGUUUCAAGUCGGUGAAAGAAAGUCUCGAGACGUACAAAACCAAGCUACAAGAGGAAAUGGAGAAGUCGCGACUGCUCCAAAAAGAGCUCAAGGCACAACAUCUAGAGGGAGGUCUGAAGGAUACCAUCAAAGACCUUCUUGAUAGUCACUGCUUGAGCGUCAGCGACCGGCUAGCUAUUCAAGAGAACAAACUAUCGGAGGCUAUCAGCAAUACUGACAGAGAGAAUCAAAGCAGGCUUUCUGACUGCCUAAGACUACUUGAGUCGACAACAGGAAAUCCUCCACAGGCACCAAAGGAGGUGCUGGAAUUGACGGGCCUAAUUGAAGCCCUGUCUACAAAUAUCAACGAUCGUCUCCAAAGCGCAGACGAUGGCAGUGAGACCUUGCGAAAUGCCGGAACUGAGGUUAUGGAAGCAUUAAAGGCUCGCGUUGAGGCUCUCUUUGAAAUACAGGAUUCCAGGAAAGAACUUGACGACCGGAUAUCAUCUCUGAAGAUUGAUAAUGCACGUCUAGAAUUAGUCUCUAGAGGGCUCGAAGAAAGAAUUCUAGAGCUUCAGAUUCAAUUGACCGCCAAGGAAAUCGAACUUGACAGGUGCCGAGCAGAGUCCAAUGUGAAAACUGAGUGGAAUCGGACUCAAUUGGAUGAUAGGCAAAAGGAAAUCGAUAGAUACCGGGAAAACCUAGGCACAAAGGUGGAUGAGCUACGAAAGGCCCAGGGAAAGAUAGAAUCUGGGUCUGUUGCUCAAAAUAAGCUGACAGAUCUCCAAGCAACCCAUGCAAAGGCUGUCAGUGACUUGGCAGAUGUUACAAAAAAGUUGACGGACUGCGAGGCGGCUUUGGCGGAGCAAGGAAAAGCAGCCCAAGCUAUGCAAGUGAAACACGCAGAUCUCGAAGAAAGACUGAGUUCUGCAGAACAAACAGCUAUUGAUGUCGAGCAAGAGAUUUCGCAACUCAAAGCAAGCGCAAGUGAGAGCCUCAGGAGACAAAGGGUGGAAGCAGAAACGGAUAGGAGGAAGUCCCUAGAGUCUGAAAAGAGGAGUCAUGUGCAAAAGGCUUCAAAUCUCCUCCGUUUACGAGUAGAAGCCGAAGCAAUUGCAGAAGGGCUAAAAACAGAGUCUAAAAAACUUGAAGGAGACGUGGCAAAGAAGGAUCAAUUGAUACGAACCCUCGAAACGGAGAAGGCCACCCUUGAGGGUAAACACAAAGAACAGGCAGAGAGAUUGGCCCAAUUAGACCAGUGGUCUAAAUCUCAAGCUAACGAAUGCCACUCAUUGACCGAUGCUGUGAAGUCAACCGCCUUUGAUAUAGCCCAACUUGAAAUAAAGCUUAAACAGAGUGUAGAAAAAGCAGCUGCGGAUUCUCGAAUCGUGAACAAUAUCACUGAUACCGUUGAGGCUAUCAAGCGCGAAUAUCUCGUAGUUACGAGCCGCUUGGAGUCAUACGAGGGAAUUGAAGCCAAGGUCCAGGACUACUGCCGGAAAGCUGGCAUACUCUUCGAAGCCAACGCAGCACUAGAUGCAAUUUUAGAGAUUCUUGCUGGAUCUGAGAGUCGAGCCUCAGGCGUCGCCAGGACCCCAUCGCAAAACAGUGGCCUCAGUAGCGGGACUAAAUCAUGGGCCUCUAAUGGCCAGGCUACCUCUUUUACUCCUAAAGUUGUGCGUCUUCAAGUCCCGGAUUCACCUGAAAUACCGGACUCUCAGACGCCUUCUGCACCAAAUUCAAGCCCGUUGCCGAGACAGGGAGUUAGAAGCAACAUUUCGCAACUCAAUCAUGUCCUUACCAACACAACCAUUCCCAUCAAGGGCCAUUUUGGGGAGAUUAUCAAAAAGUUUAACACCCAAGUGGCUGGAUACCGCGAAUCAAGAACUAUAAUGGAUCCAAAAGAUGACCGUCGCGACUAUCCGUUACACGCGCCCGAGAUCGAAGACAGCCAAGAUAAAGGCGGCGGAUUCACUCGCAGCCCCAGCUACAGCCCACUAAGUGAGACGAACUCUAGCGAAUUUGAUCAACCUGACGACUACUAUAUGCUGGCUUCCGAUCGCACAGAAAAUAAAAAGGGGCGGAUGGAAGAGACGACCAGAGGACAACGUCCAACAGGAGCUUCCAAAAAGGCUGAUGUUAAACCACCUAAAGCAGAAGAAUAUAAGCCAUCGUCCAAAGUGCAGGUCACAAUUGGCCCAAUGAAAAGCUGCCUAAAGCAAACCUCGCCCAUAAAACAUUCGGUGGAUGAUUUGUCACUGUUGCCGAACGAUACAGUUAAGACGCCACUGUCGGAUUCAACGUCAAUAAAACCACGGCCAAGCCGACAAAUCUCAAAGGCUCGAUCGGCAUCAAUUUCCAAAGUCCAAGACCCAACCAAGAAAUUUCCUUCUGAUAGCAAUCUUAUCCGUGGUGGAAGUACUCCGAGGUCCGAUUCUAACCCUUCUUCAAUAAUCUCUACGCGACCCAAGGGCAUUAGUUCCGAAUAUAACCUCCGAAAACGUCACAGGAGUUCGGCCUCAAGUGUUAUGGGAUCUGAACCUCCUACCAAGCAAACAAGAUUGUCGCUCCCUGCUGGCCAAGCGUUUCGGCGUGUCUCGCCCUUCGUCUCAGAGGCGAGCAAAAGGCGAGAGAGCGCGGGGCCAUCUCUUGGGUCCCUAUAGUGAUGGAUUGUUGGAAUUUCUCGCAAGGUCGAAAACAUAUUUCUUAUUAUAUAUUUAGCAGGCCCGCCUACGAAGCCUGGGGGGUUGAAGCUUUAUUUGCUGGAGAAGGCGGUGUCGAGCUUGUGGAGGGGAGGAUCCGAUUGCAGAUGAUGCACCCUAUGUUCUUUAUAUUGACGUUGCUGAAAGAGGACAUUCCUGUUGCUAUAUCAUAUUGGUGAUUGAUAUACUUAUGAGCUUGUAAGAUCGAUUUCAAUCGAUUUUGAGGGGCAGAGAAGGAACGGGAUAUUUGUUAACAUAGCUAUUGCUGUCACUUAUUCAUGUCAAGGGGGUAUCAGUCGCCCAAAAAGAAGGGGGCAUAUGAAUCGCUGGGAAGCUAUAGCACCACAUUGCACAAAUAACGAGACAAAUAUGGCUGG